GGGGGGUCUUCGCUUCCCUCGCCGUUCGGCAGGUGUCAAGCUUCCGAGCACUCGAGGCCGAAGGCCGAGCCCACGCGACGCUGGCCACUGAGAUCCCGGCACGCUGACGCGGGACGACCCGUCCGUCGUCGCGGAUGGCGGCGGCCGCGGCGCAGCUGCUGGGCGACGACGGGCGCGGGUACGAGCUCGCGCGGCGGCUGGAGGCGUGCGGCGCGUGGCGCGCGUGGCUGGGCGACGACGCCGCGCACGCCGCGCUCGCGCAGCACCUCACGUCGCCCUCCACCUGGGACGCCUUCCUCUACCCCGCCGCCUCCCCCUCGCCGCCCCCGCGCCCGCUCCUCCUCCUCCAGCUCCGCGUCCGCGCGCUCCUCUUUGACAAGGCCUCCGCCGCGCUCCUCGGCCGCGGCGCGGACCCCACCGGCCUCCACUCCGUCAACGCCAACUAUCUUCAGCUCCAUGGAGAUGAUAUUUAUUUCUCUUUAGAAGAUGAGCAGGAAGAUCACACUCAACAUCAAAUGCAUUCUAGAACUGUGUUUAGUCCAAGCAGGGACGGUUCAAUGUUGUCUCAAAGGCAUAAUCGAUAUGACGAAUUACCUGACACGUGGUACAAGCAAUAUGCUGAAAAAUUCAGGACAUGGCAUAGCAAGCUUCGCUCAGGUGACCAAGAAAUACCAAAGAGAACACCGGAGGGAAUGUCUGACUAUCUUAAGGUUUGCAGUGUACAUAAAAGGAAGAGGACCGUAUUUAUGGAUGGUCAGGGUUCCAGCAUAUCUGCCCCCAUGUUGGAAAAUGGCCCUACCCUGCACUCAAAGAAUGCUGGAGAUUUAACAGAUGAAACUUUCAUUCCAGAAAUUAGAUUUCCAGCUGACUGUGUUCCAGAAAGUGCAAUUCCGAGAACAGAUGGGAUAUCUAGGACCAACGAAAUAGAAGUUCAUGGGGUUCUUGAUAAUUUACCAGCACCUGUUAGCCGCAACACUGUAAUGCUCGAAAGGUUUGGUAUGAUGCCUGAGUAUUACAAGACAGGAAACAAAUAUAGAGGAAAAGAUGGAUCUAGAGUAGAAGGGAAAUCUUUAAGUCAAGAGCAAGCAUUGAUUAUGACACGGAAGUUGGUUGCUCGCUACUUAGCGAACUCAGGCUUUGAAAGUGGAACUGCAGUGUCUAUUGAUGUUCUUUCAGAAAUAAUAAUUAAGCACAUAUGUAAGCUAGGACGCAACUUGAAGCUUCUAACUGACAGCUACAGGAAGCAAUUUUCAUCUAUUGAACUCCUCAAGAUGUUCUUACAGACUGUUGGAUACAGUAACAUUGGACCCUUGAUGGAGAUUACAAAGAUGGGGAGUAGAGUGGUCAACCACCCAAUUCAUCACGAUGCACAAGUUCUUCAGUCACAAAAUCAAAAUUCCCUUCUUCAUGCCCAGCAGCUUCCAAGGCAGUUUCCUCCACAAAUGACACUCCAGAACUUGACACCACAACAGCAGCAGCUUCUGCAGCAGCAACAGUGGUUGAGGCGCAACCAAAUGACCAGCCCCCGUGGUCCUCUUAUGAUGGCAGACAAGAACCAGCCUAUGGUGAAUGUGAAGACUGAGAACAACAUGGAUUCUCAAAUUGAUGGCCUGUAUGGAUCUCUUAGUAGACAUCAAUUGCAUCUAAGGCACCAGCAACUGUUGCAGCAGCAGCAGCAACAACUCCAGCAGCAGCAACUCCAGCAGCAGCAGCAACAGCAACAACUUCAGCAGCAACACCUCCAGCAGCAGCAGCAGCAACAACAACUUAAUCAGCAGCAGCAGCAGCUUAAUCAGCAGCAGCAACUUCAACAUCAGCAGCAGCAGCAGCUUAAUCAGCAACAACAACUUCAGCAGCAGCAACUUCAGCAUAUGACCAUGCCAGCAAAUCAGAAUGCUCAACUAGAACAGCAGUUGAAACAAGUCCCAUCAAUGAGUGCAUAUGGCAUGAGAAUGCCGCCUGUGAAAGUAGAAGCCUUCCAUGAAUUAGUGACUGGAGACUCUUCGCUGAAGCACGAUAAUGACCCUAACAAACUCUCUUCUCCAAAGUAGCUCUCUCUUAUAAGUAGGGUACAUGCAUGGCCUGUAUGUAGCUGCAGUGUAAAGGAUAACAUUUGUAAUCUGUUGUUGCUUUCCUUUUUGUCCCACGAACCUCCUCGGUUUGGCCUGUGUAAUUGCAUAUAGCAGCAAGGCAGGCCGUGUAUUGUAGAUGUAAGGUAUUUUGUUGGUUUAUUGCUCUUAUAAAAGUCAAUGCAAAACACAAACUACUAUA